ACUCCAAACUGCUGACGGAGGCGGGAGUCGCCGACAUGAAGGAGAACUUCACGGCAAUGAUCGGUCCUCAGCUGCCGCUGCCCACGGAGGAACAGCGGACUCGCGCGGCGGAACAGCUGGAGCAGUUCUACUUUGGGGACGAGGGCUUCUCUAUGGAGCAGAUGCAGUCCGUUAUUGAUUUGUUUUCCGACGUGUACUUCAUUAAUGCAGCGGAUUCCUUCGCUAGAGCAGUGGUGAACUCCAGUACUAUACCUGUUUUUUUCUACUACUUCGACUACAAUGGCACCGGCUCCACGGAAUAUGGUAUGCAACAUGGAGGAGAAGCUUCAUACCUGUUUCCUAGCGUCUUACUUGGACCAGACACGGACCCUAAUUCCAACGAUGGGAAGGUAGCAGAUCAGUUGACAAGAUUAUGGAUCAAUUUCGCUAAAUAUGGCGAUCCAGCACCAUCUGGAAAUCCAGCAGUGUGGGAGAGGUUCAUGGCGAAUGCUACCAACUAUCUGGAUAUGGAACUGGAAUUUGUGACACGUCAAGACAUGCUGAAGGAACGGAUGGAUUUUUGGAGAGAACUUCUAUCGUCACAAUGAGUUACAUGCUGUGGUGCACAUUGU